CCGUCUCUCGGCGCAGGAGGCCAUCAUGGACGGGACGGAGAUCGCCGUGUCCCCACGCAGCCUCCACAGCGAGCUGAUGUGCCCCAUCUGCCUGGACAUGCUGAAGCACACCAUGACCACCAAGGAGUGCCUGCACCGCUUCUGCUCCGACUGUAUCGUCACCGCCCUGCGCAGUGGGAACAAGGAGUGCCCCACCUGCCGGAAGAAGCUGGUCUCCAAGCGCUCCCUGCGCCCUGAUCCCAAUUUCGACGCCCUCAUCUCCAAAAUCUACCCCAGCCGCGACGAGUACGAAGCCCACCAGGACAGAGUGUUGGCCAAGCUCAACCGGCUCCACAACCAGCAGGCCCUGCGCAGCAGCAUGGAGGAAGGGCUCAAGAUGCAGGCCAUGAACCGGGGGCAGCGGGUCCGGAAGCACCCACAGGAGUCGGACAACACCACCUUCAGCGGGGCGGAGGACAACUGCGACAGCCGGUCCCACCUCAGCAACGCUUCGGCCCCCAGCCAGCCGGAGGCCGGUCCCAGCUGCAAGCGAUCGCGGGCCUCGGACGAGUCGUGUGCCGAGCCCGAGACUUCCCACGAGGGCGGGCGGGGCAGCCCCGAUCCCGGGACCGAAGCCAGCAGCAGCGAGAUCGAGCUGGUUUUCAGGCCUCACCCCAUCCUGGUGGAGAAGGGGGGAUACUCCCAGACCAGGUACGUCAAGACCACCGCCAACGCCACGGUGGACCACCUGUCCAAAUACCUGGCCCUGCGCAUCGCCCUGGAGGAGGCCCCUGGCCCGGGCCCCGAAACCGCCCCCCUGGAGGACGUGAGCGAGAAGCAAUACACGAUCUACAUCACCACGGCCGGAGGGGCCUUCACGACGCUCAACGGCUCGGCGACGCUGGAGCUGGUCAACGAGAAAUACUGGAAACUCAGCAGGCCCCUGGAGCUGUACUACGCCCCCACCAAGGACCAGAAAUAAGCGGGGUGGGGGGGGCCCCCAGCUUGAUGGACAGCAACUGGAGAGGGGGUGGGGGAGGGGCGGUGGGGGAGGGGCAUCACCCCCUCCGGCCUUCAAAGGGCCUCUUCAAGACGAUGCUUCGCUUGUGGGGGGCUGCUCCGCCCCCCUAAACCUUCCCAAGGCCAAUGGGGGAGGAUCAGAGAGGCCCACGCGUUCG